UUCUAGGGCUUCUUUUCCUUUCCUUUCUUCGCUUUGGCGUCUCCAAAUCCGGUCAGCAUGUCGGACCCAGAAACUGAGGGCUUGCGAAGCACCUUUCCCUCUUAUAUGGCGGAGGGCGAGCGGCUCUACCUAUGCGGAGAAUUCUCUAAAGCCGCCCAGAGCUUCAGCAACGCUCUUCACCUUCAAAAUGGAGACAAGAACUGCCUGGUUGCCCGCUCCAAGUGCUACCUGAAAUUGGGAGACUUGGAGAAAUCCCUGAAGGAUGCAGAGGCUUCACUCCAGGGUGAUCCAACUUUCUGCAAGGGGAUUUUACAAAAAGCCGAGACCCUGUACACCAUGGGAGACUUUGAGUUUGCCUUGGUGUUUUAUCAUCGAGGCUACAAGCUGCGGCCUGACCGGGAAUUCAAAGUUGGAAUUCAGAAAGCCCAGGAAGCCAUAAACAACUCAGUGGGAAGUCCUUCUUCAAUUAAGCUGGAGAACAAAGGAGACCUCUUCUUUUUAAGCAAGCAGGCUGAGCAUAAGAAAGCCCAGCAGAAGCCUCAUCCCGUGAGGCACCUCUUGCACGACACCAAGAGAGAAUCCAAGCGGAAGGGCUCGCUCAAGAGUGAGAAGACGGUCCGCCAGCUCCUGGGGGAGCUCUACGUGGACAAGGAGUAUCUGGAGAAGCUCCUACUGGAUGAAGACCUGAUCAAAGGCACCAUCAAGCAUGGCCUGACUGUGGAGGACCUCAUCAUGACUGGCAUUAACUAUCUGGACACCCGCAGUGACUUCUGGAGGCAGCAGAAGCCGAUCUAUGCCCGGGAGCGGGACCGGAAGCUAAUGCAAGAGAAAUGGCUGCGGGACUGCAAACGCCGUCCCUCACAGACUGCCCGGUACAUCCUGAAGAGCCUUGAGGACAUUAACAUGUUGCUGACCAGUGGCAGUGCCGACGGGAGCCUUCAGAAAGCUGAGAAAGUGCUGAAGAAGAUGUUGGAAUGGAACAAAGAAGAGGUGCCCAACAAAGAUGAACUGGUUGGCAACUUGUACAGCUGCAUAGGGAAUGCCCAGAUUGAGCUGGGGCAGAUGGCGGCAGCCCUGCAGAGCCACCGAAAGGACUUGGAGAUCGCCAAGGAAUAUGACCUUCCUGAUGCCAAAUCUCGAGCCCUUGACAACAUUGGCAGAGUUUUUGCCAGAGUUGGGAAAUUCCAGCAAGCCAUUGACACGUGGGAAGAGAAGAUCCCGCUGGCAAAAACCACCCUGGAGAAGACCUGGCUGUUCCACGAGAUCGGCCGCUGCUACCUAGAGCUGGACCAGGCCUGGCAGGCCCAGACCUACGGCGAGAAGUCCCAGCAGUGUGCUGAAGAAGAGGGGGACAUUGAGUGGCAGCUGAACACCAGUGUCCUGGUGGCCCAGGCACAAGAAUACCAAGUGAAAAAUGAAAUCGCCCCAGGUCACAUGGCUAGAAGUGAUGGAGCUGGGACUAGAACCUGGUUCCAUCUGACUCCAGAGCACAGCCUGAUCAUCACUGUGCUCAACCUUCCCCUCCCAGUGAAGCUGAGAGACUUCGAGUCAGCCGUGAGCAACUUCGAGAAGGCCCUGGAGAGAGCAAAGCUUGUCCAUAACAACGAGGCACAGCAGGCCAUCAUCAGCGCCUUGGAUGAUGCCAACAAGGGUAUCAUUGAAGAACUGAAGAAGACCAACUACAGGGAGCAUCUUAAAGAUAAGAAAGAGAAAGAAGAGACCACUGAAUUGAAAGAAGAAACAACACUGAAUGGAAAGAAAGUUGAGGAGAAGGAAAUAAGAAAAGAGAGAGAGAGAGAGGAAACCGAGAAGGUGAUGAAGCAGUGGGAAAGAGAGCAGAGUGAGACCGAGAGAGACUUAGAAGAAGAGUCCUUUCAGGAAGAUUUGAAAAGCACAGUGCUAAGAAAAGAAAAAAGCAGGCAGAGACUGGAAGCCAGCUCCUCGAGAAAAAAAGAAUUUGGAGAAUUGGGAAUAAGGGGAAGAAGAGAUUCCGACAUCAGCAAAAAACUGUCAGGAAAAUUAGGCACAAGGGAGUCAGGAGAAACAGGCGGGAAACUACUAGAAGUGGGCAGAAGAAAAUCAAGAGAAAUUUAUAGAAGGCCUUCAGGGGAAUUAGGUGAGACAUCCUCAGAAGAAUUAAGCUGGAGAGAAUCAGGAGGACUAGAGAAGAAACUUUCAGAAGUAGGAAAAAGAGAGUCGAAAGAACUGGGAAAAACAAAAUUAGGAGAAAUAGAAAUGGAAAAAAACAGAAAAUGCUGAAGUAAUGGAAAAAGAUGAAAUGGAAGAUGAAUAAAGCCAUUGUUGAGAAGCAUUAGGGAUCAGGAAGCCGGAGUUCCCAGGGAUCAUGGGGAUCUUAUUUAAAUUGAUUUUCAAGCUGAGAUUUAUCUUGAAUAGGAAAAAAUGGGGGACUGGGCCCCACUGAUCACCUCUGCCUUUUUCUGUCACUAUUUUCCCUUUAAAU